UACUCUUAUUCGAUUUUAUACACGAGUUUUUGUUAUCAUCAUAGUAUAAAACGACAACAAUCUUAGAAGCUGUCGGAAACUUCAUAAUCACAGAUCCCUUCACAGAUAUACACAUGGCUCCUCUAGAAUUUACAGUGCGAAGGAGCGAACCCCAGCUGGUGCCUCCUGCUAGCCCCACCCCUACUGAGGUUAAGCCACUUUCCGACAUUGAUGAUCAAGAAGGUCUGCGUAUCCACGUUCCAUUCAUACAAAUUUAUCGAAAGCAAGAAUCAAUGGCAGAGAAAGACCCAGCUCAAGUCAUUCGCCAAGCACUCUCGCAAGCACUUGUUUUCUAUUACCCAUUGGCGGGUAGGCUUAGGGAGGGACCUCACCGCAAAUUGUCGGUGGAUUGCACCGGAGAAGGUGCCAUGUUCAUUGAGGCUGACGCUGACGUCACGCUUGACCAGUUCGGCGAUUCUCUCCAACCUCCAUUCCCAUGCUUCAAUGAACUGCUACAUGGUGUUCCUGCCCCACAGCAAAUUACCGACACUUACCUUCUGCUCGUACAGGUGACACGCCUUAAGUGCGGUGGUUUCAUCUUGGCCUUCUCCUUCAGCCACAACAUGUGUGACGGAACUGGCUUUACACAAUUCCUGAAAACCUGGGCUGAAAUGGCUCGUGGUGCAACCGAACCUUCCGUUCCACCGGUUUGGUGUAGGGAGCUUCUCAUGGCAAGAGAUCCACCUCGCAUCACAUGCAACCAUCGUGAAUUCGAACAUGUCCCAGAAACAGACACAGGCAAUGGAAACGAGGAUGACAUUGUUCUUCGAUCGUUCUUCUUUGGACCUUCCCAAAUAGCCGCUAUUCGUGGCUUGGUUCCCCCCGAACUUCAGCACUGCACCACGUUUGAUCUCCUCACAGCAUACUUCUGGCGUUGUCGUACAAAAGCAUUGCAGAUGGAGGCAGAAGAGGAGAUUCGCAUUAUGGUGGUAGUGAAUUCACGUCCAAGGUUCAAUCCUCCUUUACCUGCGGGUUACUACGGCAACGCUAUUGCGUACCCUGCAGCAGUUACCACUGCAGGGAAGGUUUGUGAGAAUCCAUUUGGGUAUGCAGUGGAGUUGAUAAAUAAAGUGAAGGGUGAGGUGACAGAAGAGUACGUGCAUUCUGUGGCGGAUCUAAUGGUGUCUAGGGGACGGUGCUUAUUCACGACGGUGAGAUCUUUGAUUGUGUCCGAUCUGAGACGUUUUGGUUUCAGAGAUAUUGAUUUUGGAUGGGGUAAGGCAUUGUAUGGUGGAGAAGCGAAAGGUGGUGGAGCAUUUCCUGCAGCAAUGUAUCUGAUAUCGCAUGAGAAUGCAAAUGGAGAAGAAGGUGCACUCGUACCAAUGUGGUUGCCUUCCAAAGCCAUGGAAAGGUUUGCACACGAGUUAUAUGACACGCUUCCAAAGUAAAACCAACCUACUCGUAAGUUUCUGUGUUUUACAUGUUUAUAUAGUUUCUAUGUAAUUAAGAGAAUUUUUGUUUAUAUUCCAUAAUGUUGACCAUAACCAAUCUAAAACUAGGAGUCCUAGUUUAAU